UUUGCAUUAUUCUUGGUUACCGUUUAGUUGCAUGUUUUCUUACGUUGUUCUUUGAACAUUACAAUGGCAAGUUCAUCGACGAUAGUACGUAACAUCCUCGACGAGGUCCUUUACAAGGUGUACAGAUAUUGUACUACUGAGUACAGCGUUCCCAAAGAACAGAAAAAUAUGCCCCCUGCUUUACUCGGAGGUUCUGAUGACAAAAUAGAUGUAAUUGCAAAACGGGAUUUCUACGCGGAGCAACAAAUAACGAUGAAAAAGAUAUAUCGCAGAGUUGCCCGGGAGACUGUGCGAGAUUUAAUUAUUCUUGCAACAAAACAGGCUAAUGCAAGCCCAGACAAGGGACAAUUGGCAACAACUUCACAAUUCCGAUUCGCAAAUUACGAAGCACAAAAGUAUGCAUAUCAACAGCAGAUGGAAAAUAAGAGAGUGAAAAUACACAAGAAACUGCAGGUUAAAGUCACAGUUGGAUCAGAAAUUGUCCAAUACACACUCAGACCCCCGACCAAUCGUACAAAAGUUGCAGAAGGAAACAUGGAGAUACAGAAAUCUUAUGAAGCCCAGAGGGAAAUAACCCCAAAGGAGGACGAUCCCGAGCCAAAAGGCUGGAGAAAAUUAUUGUGCUGUGGAAAACCACAGAAAAAACAGGCUAAAGAGAAGAGAAAGAAGUUGGGGUUGCUGAACAGAUUGUGCCAAUUUUUUGCCCGUCGUUGA